GUGUUCUUCAACAUUGAUUUAGUAAGAGUUAGUAAUAUAUAUCCAACAUUCUCACAAAAAUACUCUGUUUUGUUAAAUCAUGGCAGCCUAUGCAGCCUUGGUUUCUCUAAUGCAUCUCAUAGAUGAUAUCCAAAACCAUCACUCCCCACCCAUCUCUCACUACAAAUUCCAAACUCAGUCUCUCAUUGAGCAUGUUCUCUUCCUGCAAGAGUUUCUCCAAGGCUACAAGUCCCCUGUUUCUGACAGCGACGAAGCAGAUCCACCGGAGAUGCGUAUUGCUGCUGCAGCUUAUGCGGCUGAAGAUGUUAAGGAAUCUUGUAUCGUCCAAAAGAUUCAGCACAAUAGAUCCAAAGCAACCAAAAUCAGAAGCUUCUUCAAUUGGUUCCAGAAAUGUCUCCACAAAUGACAAUGAUGAUAAACGAAUUGAGUUGUAUCGAGAGGUAGAAACCGUGAUAGAAGAAAUGGAUCGGAUCAAGAUGGUGGCAAUGGAGACCAACACAGAGAAGGUGGUGGCGCUCCUUGAUCAACCUCGUAUAUUCGUCUCUACUUCUACUGGGAAGAAGAGUAGUGGCAUGAAGGUGUUCUCUGAUCAUGUCUUGCAUGGAAUCAUGGAAAAACUCAUGUCGUACGAAUCCGGUCGCCAAGUCAUCCCCAUAACAGGUAUGGGUGGGAAAGGAAAUAUAAAACAAGUCAAAGUUGAUGAUUUGGUAAGAGACCUAUGCGUGAACCAGAGCAAGAAGGAAGGGUUUUAUCAUGUGGUAGGAGAAUCUAGUCCUACAGGCAUAAAGAGUCGCCGCAUUGUCAUACGCAGCAAAACUUCAAAGAAGAAAGUCGUCAAUGACUUGAAGUCUAUGUUACAUGCUCGUUCCAUUAUUUGCGAUGCCUCAACUGAGGCAUAUUGAGGUGUAUUCUGUGUUUCUCCCAGAUCCUUCGAGUGAUUCUUCCGUCAUGGAGAAUCUCUUAAUACUUAAGGGAGCACUUAAUCUCAAGUGGGAUGAAGAGGUGGUUAAGAGAUUUCCCAAUAUCAAGAAAUUGUGGAUAAAAUAUGAUGGGAGCAAGGGAAUGGGGUGUGAUGAUUAUUAUUAUCUGAGCAAUAUUAAAUGUUUGUGUAAAUUAGAAACCCUCUAUAUCUUGUUUGAGUAUGAUUUUAGAGGGAAUACCUCUUUGUAUACGCUCACCUUCCCCCAAACCCUAAAGAGUUUGACUCUUGAGAUGAACAUUGUCUCUGAAUGGGAAACGAUGUUGGAAAAGAUUGGUUCAUUGCCCCUUCUUGAGAAGUUUGUGUUGCGUUGGGGAUGCUUUGGAACAGGCAAGUGGGAAAUCUUUGAAGGCCAAUUCCCCUGCCUCAAAUACUUGGAAUUGUUUGGAUGUCACAACCUGAAAAAUUGGAUACAUACCCACUCUCCAAAAUAUAUGGAUACGGUAUUGUGGUGAAUCAGUGGUGAAAUCUGCGAUGGAGAUAGUAGAGGAACAAAUAGAUUUACAAGGUGACGAUCUUCCCUUUCAUGUUGGGGUUCUACUUUAUGAGUUUAGUAAAAACGAAGGGAUGAACGAAGCAAUGCAGAGCUUGACAGGUUCUAACUUUGAAGUUGGACUUGUAAGAUAGAUAGAGAAGCUUAUGUUUUCUAAAUAUUUGGUUGAA